CAUUAGCACAGACUAGCUCUCGGAUCCUCCAAAGCUUCUACGUUUUGCUUCUUCAAAGGUGUCUGCUAGCGACUUUUUGUUUUGUUCUUUCGAUGUUCUGGGUGUGUUGCCGAGAGUAUGAGCGCAUCGAGGGGAGCCAUGACUGAAGGUGUUCUAUGUUGAGUUGUUGAUGAAGUGAAGUGAUUAAAAACCGUCCCCAUUAUGGCAGAUCCGUUAAGUUUACUGCGUCAGUAUAAUGUGAGCAACAAGCCAAUUCACGAGGAGGACGACAAAAUCAUCUUCGGAGAAUACGCGUGGCCGAAAAAUGUUAAAACUAACUACGUCGUAUACGGAACGGCUAAAGAUGGCGCGAAGGAAUAUUACACCCUGGACACUCUGCUACAUUUUUUAAAAAAUGUUACGUUGAAUCACGCGAAUUACGUACGGCAAACUGCGAACGCUGGUGUUAGUGUCGUACGUCGACCGGACCGAAAAGACAUUUUGCAGUACCUCAAUGGAGAAACGCAAAUCUCGGCCAAUAUCGACAAAUCAGCGCCUCCGGUCAUACCGAUCACUCUUAAAAGAUCAGCUACCGAUACCAGAGGUCAAGAUGGGGCCAAGCGACCACGUUUGGAAACUACUGAGGUUCAAAAAGCAAAAGAGCAAUUUCAAGCUCGUCUGGAUGCAUCGAAAGAGGAUGCAAUCACAACCGAAAACAUCUCAUCGCUCUCGGAUAAGCUUUCAGUCGAAAAAAUCGCCGCCAUCAAAGCUAAACGUCUGGCCAAAAAAAAAAAUACCAUUAAAAUCGGCGAUGACGAUCUCGAGCCUAUUUCAUCCGAGCUCCAGCACAUGCUCGAUUAUGAGAAAGAACAUACGACGGUGAUCCUGUCGCGGGAACGUGUUUGGCGGAACCGAACGACGAUUCUACAGGCAAAUGGGAAGAACUUCGCUAAGACCAUUUUUCCUAUCCUGCAGUCGAUCGCUGCUCGGGAACACGGAGGAGGACAUCAGCCAACGAACAGACCACUGCUACCUCAGGCAACGCCGCAGAGCGUGGCGGCCGUGCGGCAAAUUCCACCUCAACAAACGACGUACAGCAGAUAUGACCAAGAGCGAUUCGAGAAAAGAAAAGAAACGGAGGGAUUUCAGAUCGAUACGAUGGGUUCGUAUCAUGGAAUGACCUUAAAAUCUGUGACGGAGGGCUCACGUCCUCAGCGUCCCUCGAUAACACCAGUCAGUGUAUCGCCGAGAGUACCACCUGGUAGCCGCAAUAGCGUAGGCGGGGGAGCCUCUCCGGGUGUACCGCAGAAACGGGUGUCUAGAACUCCGAUAAUAAUUAUACCUGCUGCCACCACCUCACUCAUUACGAUGUUCAACGCAAAGGACAUCCUUGAGGAUCUCAAAUUCGUCAGCUCGGAUGAAAAACGUAAAGCAGGCGUCCGAAGAGAGCAGGCUGUCAUUGUUCAACACAGAAGAAUUGGGUCAACUCUUACACAGCCGUACAAGGUUAUCGAUGACCCAAGACAUCUACGUCCAGAAGAUUGGGACCGUGUCGCAGCUGUCUUUGUGCAAGGCCCCACUUGGCAAUUUAAAGGAUGGCCGUGGGGUGGAAACCCCGUCGAAAUCUUUGCACGUAUUCGAGCGUUUCACAUGAAGUGGGACGAAGAGGCACUUGAUACAAAUGUUGAGAAAUGGUCUGUGACUGUUAUCCAACUUUCGAAGUACAAACGCCACCUUGAUCGGGCCAAUCUCCUUCAUUUCUGGGAGAUACUCGAUAGGAAUACACAAAGUGGACAUCCGGCAGUCCGACGAUAGAGCAUACGCUUGUAUAUGAAUAGUCUAUAUAUAUAUAUAUAUAUAUAUAUAUAUAUAUAUAUAUAUA